GGCUCUCACAUGUCUAUGGCUCUGUGACUUUCUGUCUACACUCUGCAUAAAAGGACCCUUGUGUUUAGGGGAUUUCCGCAAAAACGAAACUAAAAUAACGGAAGUGCUGUGAAGGUUUGGGACACAACAAGAAGAGAGACGUGAAUCUGUGUGUGGUCGCAGGCUUGUGGCUGCAUCCCCCAUACUCUACCUCUCCUGUAUGCAAAAGAAUCACAAAACUUACAAACACACAGGUCUGCAUUUAUCAUUGAGGUCAAGAAAACACAACAUCCUGAAAAUGAGUUCAUCCGGUAAAGAUAAAAGAUAUCAGAAAGACAGAUCUGACUCACCUGAGCCCAGCUGUGUAUCUAUGAAGAGUGACCAGUCAAUGGGUUUACCAAUAGCUUUUCAACAGGCAGAGAAAGAAAGUCUGAUUCAAAAAAAGAGGCCUGGUACACCUGAAACCAGAGCUGUAUCUAAGAAGAGGACAUCAGUGGAUGAGCCGUUUGAACAGACACAGAGGUCUAAAAGGACAAAACAUGAGAAAGCCAGAUGUGUCCAACCUGAGCCCAGCUGUGUGUCUAUGAAGAGUGAGCAGUCAAUGGGUUUACCAAUAGCUUUUCAACAGACAGAGGGAGAAAGAGACAAACCUGGCAUUUCCAAUCCUCCAGUGGGGAAGUUAACUAAAAUCCAGGAUCCGAUCGGAAAAUAUCCAGGAGGAAAUAUUAGUGUGAAGAGGGAGAAAGAACAUAAGAGCAGUACAAGAGAACUGCACCCUACAUGGAAACAAAACUUCAAAUCCAAACUACAGAACAAAUUUCAGAUGAUUAACGAGGGAAUCUCAGUGUAUGUAAAUUCCAGACUUCUAAAUGAGAUUUACACAGAACUCUACAUCACAUCAGAUUCUGGGUUUGGACACACCAAUAAGGAACAUGAGAUCAGACUUGUUGAUAAGUCACAUAGGAGACUAAUAACAGAGGAGUCCAUCAAUUAUAAUGACAUAUUUGAAGCCUUACCUGGAGAUGAGAAACCCAUCAGAGCUGUGCUAACAGAAGGCAUUGCUGGAAUUGGGAAAACAGUUUCUGUUCAGAAGUUUGUUCUGGACUGGGCUGAAGGAAAAGCAAAUCAGGAUUUGGACUUUAUUUUUCCAUUUAACUUCAGGGAGUUGAAUUUUAAGGAACAAGAACAUCUCGGUUUGUUGGAGCUUCUCCACUUUUAUUUCCCAGAAACCAAAGAACAUAAAAUAGACUUUAAUCGUUACAAAAUCUUGUUCAUCUUCGAUGGACUAGAUGAGUCUCGUUUUUCUCCUGAUUUCAUAAGCAGUAAAAUGUUGACUGAUCCAACAGAAUCAGCUUCAAUCGACACUCUGUUAACAAAUGUUAUUAACAGGAAUCUGCUUCCAUCUGCAUUUCUCUGGAUAACAUCUCGACCAGCAGCAUCCAGUCAGAUUCCUGCUGUUUAUAUUGACAGAGUAACAGAGGUACGAGGCUUCAGUGACCCUCAGAAAGAUGAGUACUUCCUGAAAAGGAUCAAAGAUCAAACCCUGGCUAAUAAAAUAAUCUCACACCUAAAGUCAACUCGAAGUCUUUAUAUUAUGUGCCACAUUCCAGUCUUCUGCUGGAUUUCAUCGACUGUUCUCGAGAGAAUGUUCAGUGAAGCAGAAAGUGGAGAGAUCCCAAAGACCCUGACUCAAAUGUUCACACAUUUCCUGAUCUUACAGAUCAAACGUGGAUCCCAAAAGUACAAAAAAUGUGAAAUGAAUCCUGAACAGAUUGCAGACAUUGUAUUUAAACUGGGAAAGCUUGCGUUCCAGCAGCUGGAGAAAGGAAACCUGAUCUUUUAUGUAGACGACAUCAUUGAGUGUGGGAUUGAUGUCCAUGAGGCCACGGUGUACUCAGGGGUUUGCACUCAGAUCUUUAUUGAGGAAGUCACUUCACACCUGGGGAAAGUGUACAGCUUUGUGCAUCUGAGUGUUCAGGAGCAUCUUGCAGCUAUGUAUGUAUUUCUCUCAUGUGUCAAUGGAAAUCUCUCAAAACAACAAACCCCUGAAAUCUUCGGCCUCUCCAGCAAAGCAACACUGAUAGACCUUCUAAAGACAGCAGUAGACAAGGCCUUACAGAGUAAGAAUGGACACCUGGACCUUUUCCUCCGCUUCCUCAUGGGUCUCUCACUGGAGUCCAAUUCAAUUCUCUUCCAGUGCCUACUGACGGAGACAGGACGCGGCUCUCUGAGCAAAGAUGUUGCUGUCUUAAACAAGGAAAUAACCACGUACAUCAAGGAGAAGAUUAGAAAGAAUCAAAUAUAUUCACCAAAGAAAACCAUCAAUCUCUUCCAUUGUCUGAAUGAACUGAAUGACCAGGCUCUGGUACAGGAAGUUCAAGCCUUUUUGAGCAAAGCAACAAAUCAUUGCCUCCAAGGAGUCAAACUUUCUCCAGUUCAGUGGUCAGCUCUGGUUUUCUUCCUGCUGAACUCAGAAAAUAAGCUAGAAGAGUUCAACCUACAGAAGUAUGAAGCAUCGGAUGAGUGUUUCAAAAAACUCCACCAAGUGGUUACAGUAUCCAGAAAAGCUCUGCUGUGUGAUUGUAAUCUUACAAAGAAAAGUUGUAAAGAUCUGGUAAAAGUCCUCAGCUCGGUCUCUUCAUGUCUGAGAGAGCUGGACCUGAGUAAUAAUAAUCUGCAGGAUUCAGGAGUGAAACUGCUUGCUGAUGGGUUGAAGAGUCCACAGUGUAAAUUAGAGAUCCUACGACUUGGAAAUUGUAAGCUCACAGAGAAAAGUUGUGCAGUUCUUGCUUUAGUUUUCCAAUCCAACAUAACGCAUCUGAAAGAGCUGUGUCUCAGCCACAAUAGUCUGCAGGAUUCAGGAGUGAAGCAGCUCUCAGAUGGCCUGCAAAGCCCACAUUGUAAAUUAGAGAUACUAAGGUUACGUGACUGUAACAUUACACUGGAAGGCUGUGUCGCUCUUGCUGGAGCUCUGAGGUCAAAUUCAUAUCUGAAAGAGCUCAAUGUCAGCAGUAAUGAUUUAGGAGACCAGGGAGUGAAACUGCUAACUGAUAUAAAGGACGAUAAAAAGUACACACUGGAGAAGUUGGAGCUCUCAGAUCUGACCUGACCUGGUGUAAAAAGCCUUGUGGAGACAACACACUCACGCUUUCUUAGAUGUCCAAGAUGUUUCAAGAUUUCUUAGAUAUCCUUCCUGACACACUUGCUUUUUGGACUGUUUUUACUGAUUUCACUAAUCAAGCAAACAUUUUGAGUGGUGUUUGUUCUUAGCUUCCAGGUCAAUAGAAUACUUUCAAAAUCAAAAAGAAGCUCAAAAAUAUAGUCAAUAAAAGCAAGUAAGUACUAAAAAACAUCCAGGUGAAACCAGAUCUAUAGUGGGCUAAAUUCUCCCACUUGCUAAAGUCCUAUGCUGGCCCUCUGCUUGGGUUGUUGUGUUGGUCAGAAGUCCAUGGUUAGGCAGAUGAUUGAGGUUGGGUAGAUGCCUGAGGAUGAUUAAAAGCUCUCGGUUGGUCAGAAGCAAGUGGUUGAGCAGAUGUUCAUGGACAGUCUGAUGCCUGAGGAUGUGCAGAGGUCUGACAUUGGACAGGAGUUAGUGAUUGGUUAGAUGCCUGUUGCUGUGCAGAAGUCUGAGUUUGCCUCUUGCUGGGCCCUAACGAAGAAUUCCCAGGUUAGGCAGAAGCUCAUGGGUGUUUAGAUAGCUGAAGAUGUGCACAAAACUGGGUUUUAUAGCUCUACCAUGGGAGAAGCCUCAGGCUGGGUAGAAAACGGCUGAUUUUGGCCAGAUGCUCCUGGUUGGUCAGAUUCCUGAGGUUGGGCUAAAAUAGAAAAAGCAUAUUACAACAUUAGAUGGAUUCGGCCAUUUUUGUCCACACAGGCUGCUCAGGUACUUGUUCAGUCUCUUGUCAUUUCUAGACUGGAUUACUGCAACGCACUGCUGGCAGGUCUACCUAUGAACGCAAUCCGUCCUCUGCAAAUGAUCCAAAAUGCAGCUGCACGACUUGUGUUCAACCUGCCAAAGUUCUCGCAUACCACCCUGCUGCUGCGAUCCCUCCACUGGCUUCCGGUAGCUGCACGCAUCAGAUUCAAAACACUGAUGCUGGCCUACAAAGCCAAAAAUGGACCAGCUCCCUCUUACCUCAAAGCCCUCAUCACUCCUCGCACUGCACCCCGCACCCUCCGAUCUACCAGCACUGCUCGACUGGUUCCACCAUCUCUCAGGGUAAGAGGCAAGUAUAGUACAAGACUCUUCUCUGUUCUGGCCCCAAGGUGGUGGAAUGAACUUCCCCUAGGGGUCCGGACAGCUGAGUCAAUGGCUAUUUUCAAGCGCCGGUUGAAGACCUACUUAUUCAGGAAACACUUCAACUAGCACUUCUUUCCCUAUCUUUUGCAUUUAAAAAAACAAAAACCUUCAACACUUUUUUAUUGUAACUUUGUAUUUCAUUGUAACUUUGAACAAUGUUUUAAACUCAUGGUAUCUUAUGUAUGUAACCUAGAGAACCAGCAUUGAUGUAUCCAAUGAUGGAGAUUUAAGCACUUAUUUAUGUCGCUCUGGAAAAGGGUGUCUGCCAAAUGCUGUAAAUGUAAAUGUAAAUAUGCCUGGGCAUGAAACUGUGCAGUAGCCCCUCUUUGGGAAGCCCUGGUUUAGGCAAAGCACAGUUCCUUAUGAGUCAAUUCAAUUCUAUUUUAUUUGUAUAGCGCUUUUAACAAUAUAUAUAUAUUGUUAAAAGCGCUAUACAAGUAAAAUAAAAAUAUUCCAAUCUUCCAAUUUGUCAGUUUAAAGGACCACUUAUGAAAUCCAUCAGCAGCGAUGGGUGAAGCCAGUCCAUACUGGGUGAGAAUCUUAGCCUUGACUUUCUCAUAGUCCCUUGCUUCAGCCAACACAUAAUAAGUGCGCUGCAGCUCUCCUAAGGUGCUAGAGUCUGAGGCUAGAAAUAGAACACCUCUCUUGGAUAGUGCAUUCAAAGGUGUGUACGUAAGCUCAACAAUGUUGUUGCCAUUGAGAUUGGGAACUAAGUGCUGGGCUUCACAAAAUGUGUCAGUAAGCAGGGUUGGUGCCUUAUGGAGGGCUAAAAGUUUAUUAGUAUUGGUGUUAACAUGUAGCCCUUGGGCCAACUUGUUUGACCUCCUUCUGCCAGAGAAUGGACUCAAGGAGGUGCUGGAAGUGUUUUUUUUUUCAAGGACAUGUGAUUGGUUCUGUGUAGUAAAUGAUAGAAAAGAAGAAGUGAAAAUCAUUUUCAUCAAAAUCUAAUUAAAUCUGUUUUGUAAUAAUGUGAUUUUCUAAUCACAGAAAAAUCAGAAAUUGCCCAUUAUAAAAUAUAAACCAAUAUCAUGUAAAAGUAUUGCUAUUCUUUAUCAUAUGCUAUAUACAGCACUUACACAGGUGAAUCUCAUCUUACUCCUUAUAUGACACCUCUAUUAUUUCACAUCUAGAUUUUAUUGCCAUGUACUCGUGUAAUAUACAUGUAUCUAGGCUUAUAGCAGCAGCCUGUAAUAGUAGACUAACAUCUCAUAAAGAUUUAAAAAAAAAAAGAAGCAUACAGUCAUUGCUAAUGUGAGAUAUUUGACUAUUACAGUAUGUACAGAUGUAUUCUCCUGUGUUAUAACAUGUAUAACUACAUGUUACUCAGUGUGUCAUGUGAUGUACUUUGUGUUCUAUAAAUUGAUGUCUGUACAAAUGACCAACUUUGAUGUUAUCACUUUAACUAUUAUGCUUUAGUAGAUGAAUAUUAUUACUGUUAUUACUGUUAUUAUCACUGGCUAUUUUCAAACGGUGGUUGAAGACCUACUUAUUCAGGAAACAUAUCAACUAGCACUUCUUUCCCUAUCUUUUGCAUUUAUAAAAUGUUCAAAGUUACUUUUUCAUUGUAACUUUGAACAAUGUUUUAGACUCAUGGUAUCUUUAGUAUGUAACCUAGUGAACCAGAGUUAAUGUAUCCAAUGAUAGAGAUUUAAGCACUUAUGUACGUCACUCAGGAUAAGAGUCUGUCACAUGCUGUAAAUGUAAAGCUCAACGACAUCAAUUAGGUUUAGAUUUAGUGCAUUUUUCAAUAAAUGUAAUUUUGCUUCA